AUCGCGCGUGCGCGGGAGCUGCCUAGGCGGGUGUGAAGCGGCGCGCGCUGCCAGUAUCGCGAUAGUCGCGCGGCCAGGACGCUCCGCUGCCCGUGGGCGCUGCGCAGGUGUGGGGCCCGCCGGACGGCCGGGAGUGAGCGAAGAGGCGCGUCCUGCCCAGCGCGAGCGGGUGCCGGGGCAAGGCCAGGGGUGCGCGAGAGGCUCGCGGAUUUAAAUUAAAUAAAAGAUGGACUGGAGUGGAAAACACAAUGGGCCCAAUGAUACAACCAAUGACGGAACAGUGGUACGACUCCGAGGCCUGCCAUUUGGUUGCAGCAAAGAAGAGAUUGUUCAGUUUUUCCAAGGGUUGGAAAUCGUGCCAAAUGGGAUAACAUUGACGCUGGACUACCAGGGGAGAAGCACAGGGGAGGCCUUCGUGCAGUUUGCUUCAAAGGAGAUAGCAGAAAAUGCUCUGGGGAAACACAAGGAAAGAAUAGGGCACAGAUAUAUUGAAAUCUUCAAAAGUAGUAAGAGCGAAAUCAGAGGAUUCUCUGACAUGCCAAGAAGAAUGAUGGGACAACAGCGACCUGGACCAUAUGAUAGACCAUUAGGAGGAAGAGGGGGUUAUUAUGGAGCUGGGCGUGGAAGUAUGUAUGACAGAAUGCGUCGAGGAGGUGGUGGAUAUGACGGUGGAUAUGGUGGCUUUGAUGAUUAUGGUGGCUAUAAUAACUAUGGCUAUGGAAACGACGGCUAUGACGACAGAAUGAGGGAUGGGAGAGGUUUUCCAAUAGGCAUGGGAGGACAUGGCUAUGGAGCUGGAGAUGCAGGGUCGGGGUUCCAUGGUGGCGGUCAUUUUGUUCACAUGAGAGGGCUGCCUUUCCGAGCCACGGAAAACGAUAUUGCUAACUUUUUCUCACCAUUGAACCCUAUAAGAGUUCACAUUGAUAUUGGAGCAGAUGGAAGAGCUACGGGAGAGGCAGAUGUGGAAUUUGUAACACAUGAGGAUGCAGUAGCUGCGAUGUCCAAGGAUAAGAAUCACAUGCAGCAUCGAUAUAUUGAACUAUUCCUGAAUUCCACUGCUGGAGGUGGCUCUGGAAUGGGAGGCUAUGGCAGAGAUGGAAUGGAUCAAGGUUAUGGCUCUGUUGGUAGAAUGGGAAUGGGUAGCAAUUACAGUGGCGGAUAUGGAACUCCUGAUGGCUUGGGCGGAUAUAGUCGUGGCAGUGGAAAUAGUGGAGGAUACUAUGGGCAAGGCAGUAUGGGUGGAGGAGGAUGGCGUGGGAUGUAUUGAAGGAUAGCUUUGCUUCUGCAAAACACCUUGGAAGAAACAGUCUCUGGUCUACUAGACUUUCUUACAAAACUUAAUUUCUUUUGUAUUUUAAGAACUUUAUAAUGACUGAAGGAAUGUGUUUUCACAAUAUUAUUUGGUAAGCAACAGAUUGUGAUGGGAAAAUCUGUUUUCUGUAGGUUUUAUUUGUUGCAUACUCUGACUUUAAAUAAAUUUUUAUAUUCAAACCACUGAUGUUGAUACUUUUUAUACUAGUUACUCCUAAGGAUGUAUUACAUAUUCAAGACUACAGUCGGUUUAAAAUGUUGUACUAUGGUUCCAUAAAGGUGGUUGUACUGUAACUCCUAUGAACACUGAUUCAGUUCUGUGUAAUCUUGGUCUAGUGAACAAAUUUAAACAUUUACUUGUUUAAGGGGAGAAAGGUAGAUGAAUAGGUUAGUUUAUUUGGUAAUGACUUUCCUAAACCCUUUUGAUAAGUUGUAUGUAAUAAUUGCACCACGGCAUAAAGCUGUGGAGGCGCAAAGGCGUUGUUCUGGCUUCUUCCUCCUGCUGCCAGCACCCCCCAGCAAAUGCACACCUGUGUAAAUGAGCAGCACCCAUUUUCUGCCUCCACACCACCAACCAAGCAGCCACGUUUCUUCCCACACAUUGCUGUAAGUGUUUUAGAGCCUGCAUUUCACACAUGUAACCUGCAAAUCAAACUGAAACACUAGCACAGCUUUUAGCUAACAUGACAUAGGUCAAAUACUAGUUAAUUUGAAGCUUUUUACUUAGUAUUUUUUUUCACAUACAUGCUUUUAGGAAACGUGGGGGAUUUGGAAGCAAGUUACUUCUUUUCUUUCUUGAAUUUAUUGUAUUUAAACACGGUUCAGCUUUUUUUUUCACUGCACGGAGAUGAUUUGUCUGUAUUUGUUCAAAGUUUGCCAAGCCAUUCUACAUAGGAGCUCAUUAGAAGCCAAGAUCUCUAAAGCAUCUAUAGGCCCAAUACUCGCUCAGUAACACACAACCCAAACACAUUGAUAAAACUUCUUGUGCAUUUGUGACAUGUAAGAUAUGUAAGAAACUUACUGUUUGAAGACACUUAACAUACCUGAUGUGUAGUGGAAAAAGGUAUUUAUUCUUCUGAGCCAGUGUGAUCUCCCCAGUUAACUGCUUUGUCCUCAAUGCCUCCCUUAAAAUGUCAAAUGUGAUCUUGGGUAUUGCAAGUCUGUCACCUGUUUUGCUAGUACUGUGUUAUAUCUGUAAUAAACGUCUUCUUGUGGGA